UGGCUUCUCUAUCUAAUCUAAUCUCAGUUUGCUGUUGUUUUUUGGUUUGGAAUUAAAUUAAAAACGUUAAAAGAAUACAACAAUGGUCCAGAGAACAGUGUACUCGCGCAUCAGUGUUCGUAUAGCUGAGGAAAAACAGCUCUUAGCAGAAGAGAAAUGGAUCAUCAACGCCCUUACCAAAGUUCGCAAGGAGCGCAAUCGUUUACAGAUUGACAGAUUGGAACUAGAAAACCAAAAGAUGCAGCUAAUGAAACGGUCCCGCUCCCAAGCAACACCGGCACGGCCCGAGACGCCAUCAGAAAAGGUCAUGAAGCUGAUGAACUCAGCAAGCACUAGUGGUCCAAUCCCGGAGCUCGAGGAUCUUGCUCAUGAGAUCAGCAAGGAGGCUCUCUGCAAUGAGCAGGAGCUUAAUCUUACUGUUACUAAUCCUAUAUUGAGUCUCAACUACAACAACAUGGUGGAAGAAGAAGUGGACUCUGAAGGCUCAGACGACGCUGACAGAGUAUUACUGGACAUGAACAUGUUCAUGAAUGGGGACCCUUAUGGAAAACCCGAGAAGAACAAAUAGUAUCACUCUUUAGUUAGUUACUUUGUAGUUUAUGCGAUAAUCUCAAAUAUGGUUCUAUGGAGCUUGUGCAGUAAUAGGCAAAAUUCUUGCAAGAGUAAUUCUUAAUUAAAAUUAUUUUAAAUUGGAUAA